UGGGUAGACCUGGCCGCUCCCCCGCCCCGUCCCCAGUAGCCGCGGCCGGAGCUGAGCGGAGCGGAGCGGCGACCCCGCGCUUUGCCCUCCGUUCGUCCUGCGGUGCGGGCUGCCAGAAAAACAUAGAUAAAAUGGAGCACAUCUUACUGCUAUUCAUAUUUGUCAUACCUAUAUUGGGUCUCACUAAUGGAACAGAAACGGAACAAGAUUUUACUUGGCACUUAAAGAAGAUUCCCCAGAUUGUGAGUGAGAGAACUUUCUCCCUUGACAGCCCUAAAUUUGAAGCGAAAGCCAAAUUAGAGCUGAACAGUGUAUGUGGAAUUGAAUGUCAACGAAAAUUGCCGGUGCCAAGCUUGUCUGACUUGAAGGACUUCCUAUCCUAUGAGACCGUUUUUGAAAAUGGCACACGGACCCUGACUGAAGUGAAUGUCCUCGGACUAGUGCUCGACCCAGCUGGAAACAAAACCACACAAAGGUCUUCAAGAAAGAAGAGGCAGAUAUAUGGAACAGACAGUAGGUUCAGCAUCUAUGACAAACGGUUUAUGACAAACUUUCCAUUCAACACAGCUGUGAAGAUCUCCACUGGCUGUAGUGGAAUUCUCAUUUCCCCCAAGCACGUGCUAACAGCUGCCCACUGUCUGCACAACGGCAAGGAUUAUGUUAAAGGCAGCAAAAGACUGAGGGUGGGUCUGAUGAAGACAAAAUCGAGAGGUGAUGGCAGGAAACGCAAAGGUGCUAAAAGAAAUAGGAGAGAAGUUUCUGAGGAUCCCGAAAUUGCCACAGAAGUAAGACGACGAUCUAAGGGUGGUGGGAGAAAGCAAAGAAGGUCAGGGAGGAAGCAGGAGACCUCAGAUGGCAAGCCUUCCUUCCAGUGGACCAGGGUUAAGAGUACACACAUCCCUAAAGGCUGGUUUAAGGGAGUAUCUGGGGAUAUUGCCCUGGAUUAUGAUUAUGCUGUUCUUGAGCUCAAGCGUCCCCACAAAAGGAAAUACAUGGAUCUGGGAAUCAGCCCAACGAUCAAAAUGAUGCCUGGGAGCAUGAUCCACUUUUCAGGUUUUGACAAUGAUCGAUCUGGGCAGCUGGUCUAUAGAUUUUGUAGCAUUUCUGAUGAAUCCAAUGAUCUCUUUUAUCAGUAUUGUGAUGCUGAGCCCGGUUCCACUGGAUCUGGUGUCUAUCUCCGUCUUAAGGAGCCAAACAGAAAGAAGUGGAAACGCAAGAUCAUUGCUGUUUACUCAGGUCAUCAGUGGGUAGAUGUCAAUGGUGAACAGCAGGAUUACAAUGUAGCAGUACGAAUUACUCCUCUCAAAUAUGCCCAGAUUUGCUUCUGGAUACAUGGAAAUGAUGAGAAUUGCACACGAGGCUGAAGAGAGCUGAACCUGACUCCCUUAGCACUUGUAUUGCCAUAGAGUGACAAUCUGCUGCAGCUGUUACUGGAAAAACAUCACUCCACAUCAGGAUGGUUUUGAACUCAAAGCUCACAAGUAACAUUAUGGUAACUUGAGUAAUAUUGAAUUUCUGAGGGAUGCAUAAAAUUGUCAAGCAAAAUACUUUUAAUAGUAAUCAACCCUAGAUAGGCACUUAAAAUCUGGAACUAUAUUUAUGAUUGCAGUUGUGAUAAAUUCAAAUCAUUCGCAUCACAAAAAAAAUGACUACACUUGUUUGUCAUUUUUCUUCCAAGGGAAGGAGUGAAACUUCUCAAAAUUGUUUUAUUAAACAAUAUCUGUUCUUCCAAUGGAUUUGCUUUUCUCAGGGUUCUGUUCCCAUUUUUCAUAUGCAAGUUGUGUGUCCAGCACAUUGCUGUAAGUGCAGAAUGAUCCAGAGGACUGCAGGAGACAAAGACACCAUCUUGGCAUUCUCUAAAGAUGACAGCUCGAUGUUGAGAAGCAGCAGUAUAGUUCAUGCUUGUUAGUUUGGGAAACUUCCUCCUCUGGUUGGUGAAGGAACUUUUCCAUAGAAAUUCCCAAAUUUAUGUAGCUGAGAGUUAGACCUUAAAUACAAGUUUCAUUUCAUUGUUCAGUAAAAACAGCAAAAGGAAAAUAAUGAACAUAGAAGAUUCCAUGUUUGGUAGAAGAAGAAACAUCAAGACCUAAUUUAAUGCCUUUAAAUCUUCUUUGAGAAGCUAUAUAAGUCUUAAACACAUGCAUCUGUAUUCCAAUUAGUAUUUGGAGAGCUGUAGGUUUAUUUUCUAGUCAAAUGUUUUUCUUCACCACAGGGAGAAGUCGCUGACUUCUGAAGUGACUAUUUGACAAUCAUUUAGAGCUUCACAGAUGAUAGAUUUUUUGGGUGCUAACCAUUUUUGCAGUUUUUAUAAAUUACUUUGAUACAAGUUCAGCUUCAUAGGUAGGAUAGUAUGUGUUAGACUUGGACAUGGAAAGCAAUAUUUUAGUUUGCCUUUAUAUGGUUUUGCAAAAUGGUAAUUUUAAUCAUGUUAUAUUAAGACUCUACUUCAACAAGAGUUAGAACAUUAAACUGUCAAUUUCUCCCAACUAAAUUAUGCCACCUUCUGAAUGGUAGAAAGUUCUGAGAUAUCCUCUAUGUUAUAACAGAUGUCUUGUUAGGUAGCAGCAGUAGUUAGCAAAUAAUUUGAUUCAAUAUAUUUGCUGAACCUUAUAUUUAAUGAAAACACAAGCUUCACUUUUACACACAUUUAAACACAAAUCACGUUUUAAAAAUUGUUUUUUGAUUGCUGCACAGGUCUGUGUCUUCUCUUUUAUAUCAAGGUUUUGAAGCACACAGGACUGUUUUGGUGCUAUGUUAAUCUGAUAACAUAAAAUGAUACUGUGUAUUUCCAAUCAUAACCUUUGCAUUUCAAUACUUCUAAGAUUAUUCCCCACCACAAUAUUUCAUUUUUUUGAUCAGAAUUUUAUGGCGACCAAAAUACAUUUUCUUCCCGUGCAGAAGGAAAAAAUCUAGCAGGAUUUUAAAAUGCUGUUUGUUUGUACUUAUAAAAUAUGCUUAUAAUGUCUUCUAAUGAAAUGAGAUAAUUUUUAAUAACCCACUUUUUUGUAGGUGACUGAAAGUAUAAAACCUGACACUUUGAAUGUGCAGGCAGCUUUCUUUGUCAUAGUAUUGCCAAAGCAUUAAAAUUCAAGACUUUUUUCCAUAUCAUAACUCUUAACAAUUCUAUUGAUUGGAAGAGAUCUCACUUUAAAAUAAACUAUUUCCUUUAAUGACAGCCUUUCCAGAGAACACUUAACUUUUUUUUCUUAUUUUGUGUGAUUGUUUGCAGAAAACUAAUAAUAUUUUUUAAAGUUUAGAAAUUAAUGCCUAAGAUUUUAAGGUUAAUUAUUUUUUAUUGUUGUUAACAUCUUUAAUUAAGACAUAUGGCUUCACUGACAGUAAUUUUAUAUCUCCUCAGUACAGCAUUUAGUACUCUUGCUCUAUGCAACAGGCCUACGUUAUUCUUUAGUCCGCUCUGUAAUGUUUUUCUUAAGUGCUAUUUUUCAUAGUUACUAUGACAAAUAAGAUACCACAUUGUUAAUCGAAGUCAACCUCAGUCUAUGGAUUUUGAUAUAAUUAUUGUUGAUUUAGGUCCAAAACUGAUCAAGAUAAGAUGGGUUAGUAAAUUCCUUGUUUUGGUGAGUCUUAUUUAACUGUACUACUUAGGAGCAGAAGUAAAAUAAUUUUCUUUACUAGUUCAGGAAUCAGGGACAAGGUAAGAGUGAAAAAUGUUGAUGUCAGGUUUCACGUGGUCUUUUUAUAAUAAUUAUCUGCUAUAAAUACCUCAGCUAUGACCAGAAGUUCUCAUGCCAAGCUGAUAACAAACAUUUAUCUUCAGAGGAUAAAUAUUAGAUGCUUAGUGACUCAUUUUAUAAUACUAAGAAAUUAAAGAGGCUGGCCAGAGAAACACAAAAAUUAAUCAAAUCUAAAUAUAGUUUUUCAAGCCUCUGUGUCUGAGUGCACAUACACAAACAGGUACCAAUCUAUGGGCUUGUAGACUGCAUGCUAUUUUGACUGGGUUAGCACCUUCAGGCAAAGGAAUGCAGGCACAAGGAGACAUGGGCAAAAUGUUAUUCCUGUUGUAUCUGCAGGCUGGGCAACAUUUCAGUCUGCCACUUGGCCUCACAGAAAAGGAAAUCCUUUAUGUAGGUAUUGUUACUACAGGGACUUGCAAUGUAGUUAAUAAAUGGAGUACUUGCACAUAAUCCCUGGUGGUCAAUAUCCCACACAGAGCUCGUGGUACGAGGCACUGCAAAUGGGACAAGAAUUUCUGACCUAUGAUACUCUCAUAUUUUCAUAGAAAAACUGUGGUUAGUACUUAAUUAUCAAUGAGAAAAUACGAGCGGGGGUAUUCUUAGUAGUUCAGACCAACUAUUUUCUAGCACACCAGCAUCAUGGCUGGUGUUUCCCCAAAUGUUUUUUCCCUGUUUCAAGUACUGUACAUCAUUUGUUUUCAUGAGUACUGAUGCUUUUCCAUAAGAGCUGCUAUAGUAGAGGUUUUUUCUUUAGGGAAAAAACAAACUCAGUCAAAUCCCUUUUCUACUAAGGGGGCUACUGACAAUUUGCAAAGUUAACAAAGUUUUUUCCCAGGCCAGAGUUAAACCUCAUAUACAAUCUGUUAACACACUCAGACCAGCUUCUGCAAGGCCAUUUAAUCUGGAGCUCUGAGACGUAUGAUGGAAGUCAAGGGGAUUAUCUGCAAUGUGAAAAAUUAAGUUUGUAUUAUCUUAACAAAAGAAAAACAAAAUGUUAGGUAGCAAAAUUAUUUCUGUUACGUGAGGUAUAGAGUAGCCAAUGCUUUAAAAAUUGCUUAAGAAACUCCUUGACUUAGUUUAUACUAUCCACAUUGUGCAGAUUUAUGAGCCUGUAUGAAGUACAAAUGAAUAUGGCUUAAGUACAAUUCAUCUACCUGUGGAGGAGAGAAGAAGCUGAGGAGUUCGUCCUGUUCUGCUGAUAAGGGAUAACCUGGCAGCAAACAGCAGUUGAUACAGAAAGAGAGAGCAAGAGAAGUAGAUGGUACAGAAGACCAGGAAGAUGGAAGUGGUGUGCAAGGAAUAAAGGAAGUGUGAAAGGUAACAAAUGAAAUGACUGCGAGGUAGCAGAGGAAGCUAUUGUAAGAAAGCGUAGGUAGCUGGUAAAGGCAAAACAGUAUAAAUUAAGAUGUAAAAAUCACAAAUCAUAUGAACAGCUUCCUAUUGCUGUUAUUUAAUGAGUCUCUUCUUCCAGCCAACAGCCCCAAGGGAAGGGCUGCACAGAGGGUUCAGGUUCUGGCAAGGCCCACGAGCAGGCAGGGGUUUUAUCCUCAUCUACAACCCGUGCCUGACCUGGCAGGGAUUAUGCUUGUGCUCUUUUAAGGUCCUUGGGAAGCAACAGAUCAUUAUCCUGGCCAAAAGGCUUGGUAGUGUGAACCUCUCAGUACAUCAGGUCACCAAGAGUGUGGUGAGUGAAGGGAGUUUUCCCACUUGAAAAUUUCUCAAACCUGACAUUUUAUUGGGAUUCCUGUAAAGGCUGUUCCCCAUUGGAAAACAAAACCAAAAACUAAUCCCAGCAACCCCUCCCACCCCUAAAAACAGCAAGGAAAUAAUCUCAGACUUGAAGCAUUUAAAUGUUGGCUUUAUUGUUUGCAUGUAACUACAAAUUCUAGCUAAUAAAUUUUUUCAAAUACCUUCCAUUUGUGUUUGAUAUCUUUGUAGAAAUUGAAUCAGCUGCUUCUAAUUUUAAAGAACAGAAUAUUGCUGAUACUUCCACCUAUAAAUUCCUGGAUUAAAGAAUGAAUGGGGGGGCGGGAAAGAAAGAGUAUUGUUAAAUUGAAAGCUUUGAAUUGUACACUAAUCUCAAGGCAUUUGGAAAUACAUUUGAGUACCUGCUGCACCAGCCUUUUGCUCUGAGUAUGAGGUAGCAUUUAGGUGUAAAACUCCAGAAACGGCUUUGAUGUUUCUGUAAUGCUUUCAACUUUUAAAGACUGACAGCAAACUUAAGAAAAAAAUGUGUUUAUAUAGUAUUUUAACUGCACAAAAUGAGUAUUCAUUUUGGAAAAUAAAUGCCAACCUUUCUGAUAUUAAGAGAUUAUACAAUGCACAUACUAUAUCAAUAAACAUUUUGUGUUGUUUUUCUUUUCCUCCAUCAUGAUGUAGUUUGUUAGCUAUGGUGGUAUUACAGAAACUCCAUUCCAUAAAUGCUUGUAACAGCUUAUCAGAGAAUCAUCUGGGACAUGGUUUUAAAAGAUAUUAAUGUCUCUCUAAAUUUGUUCUAGGAAAAAAACUCCUUGUCUACUCCUGUCUUCAAGAUAAUUACUCCAUGAGCAAAUUUG